AGAUUUUCAUUGUUACUAAAGAAAAAACACAUUGAAAAGCCCUCUCUCCCAAAAAUUUGGAACCCUAAUAUGCAAAUUAACUUAUCAUCAAGGCUAGUACAGAUACAAAGUCCUGGACUCAAUCCCAUCUUCAAUUCCCAUCUUAGCUACUUCUCAAACCCUCUUAUCAUCACAAGACACAGCUUCAAAGAAAGUACUAGUAACCAUUCUCUCUCUCUCCUUCCACGCAAUAAUCAAUAAUCAAUCAACCUUCAUGAUACAAAAAUCCCCAAUCCCCAACCGUUAAUUUUUCAAUUUUUGAUUUUUAUUUUUUGGUUUUUCUUCUAAUGGCGACGGAUGCAAGGGCGAAGUUCCAAAACCCGGAAUUCCGGCCCGAUUUCCACGCGGACUUAACGGUGUCAACUCACGACGGCCUCCACUUCUGGCAGUUCAUGAUCGCCGGAUCCAUCGCGGGCUGCGUCGAGCACAUGGCCAUGUUCCCCGUUGACACCGUCAAGACCCGCAUGCAAGCCAUAGGCUCCUGCCCCGUCAAAUCCGUAACGGUCCGUCACGCCCUCAAGUCCAUUCUCCAAUCGGAGGGCCCGUCGGCCCUCUACCGUGGCAUCGGUGCUAUGGGCCUCGGCGCCGGGCCCGCCCACGCCGUCUACUUCUCCGUCUACGAGACCUGCAAGAAGAAAUUCUCCGAGGGCAGCCCCAGCAACGCCGCGGCGCACGCUGCGUCCGGCGUCUGCGCCACCGUGGCCAGUGACGCGGUGUUCACUCCGAUGGACAUGGUGAAGCAGAGGCUGCAGCUGGGGAACAGUGGCUACAAGGGGGUUUGGGACUGCGUGAAGAGGGUCAUGAGUGAGGAGGGGUUUGGGGCGUUCUAUGCGUCUUAUAGGACCACUGUUUUGAUGAACGCGCCGUUCACUGCCGUGCAUUUCACGACGUAUGAGGCCGCGAAACGCGGCCUCCUGGAGGUCUCGCCGGAGAGUGUGGAUGAUGAGAGACUGGUUGUGCACGCCACUGCUGGGGCUGCUGCCGGGGCUUUGGCUGCUGCUGUUACCACGCCACUUGAUGUUGUCAAGACUCAAUUGCAGUGUCAGGGUGUCUGUGGUUGUGAUAGGUUCAAAAGUGGAUCAAUUGGGGACGUUAUCAAAACCAUAGUGAAAAAAGAUGGAUACAGAGGGCUCAUGCGAGGAUGGAUUCCAAGGAUGCUCUUUCAUGCUCCUGCAGCUGCUAUUUGCUGGUCUACAUAUGAAGCUGGAAAGUCCUUUUUCCAAGAUUUCAAUCAGCAGAAAGACAUUGGCACUGUUACCUAAAUAAAAGAGUUUGAAUAUACAUAAUUCUUCGGAUUCGUUAUAGAUGAUUCUGUAUAGAUGAUUCUGUCUGUCAAAAUUGAUAAAAUGCUACAAACGGGGGUGUGAGCAAGCAAGCCUUUUCAAGUUCUGCGUUCUAACCCCAAAUAAAUAUACAGAAAGCAUCGGUUUAACUACGACUGGAGAAAUUGUUUCUUGUACACAUUGUCAGUUUUACUUAUGAUUUUUCCCCCGCUUUAGCUUUUUGCUAGUUUCAUUUAGACAGAACAUUAUCCCAUGGAAACACCACUACGCCACAUGAAAUUUUUGCCAUAGUUUCAUGCAGUUGUAAGUUUUAAUUACGUUAAAGAUUAUUUUGAUAUUCUGAAAUUUAAGAGAUUUCAUUUCCUGGCCUAAACUAUUAUUAUUUGUU